AUGAAGUUCACCUCUGCCGCCCUCGUCGCCUUCGCGGCCCUGGCCAGUGCCCAGACCCUCGCCGAUAUCCCCACUUGCGCCAAGACAUGCCUCGACGAUUCCAUUAAGAAGCUCACCUCGUGCACCACCACCGACGUCCCCUGCAUUUGCAAGGACGUCGAGAAGAUCCAGGGCGACGCCACCGGCUGCGUUCUUAAGGCGUGCGGCCCCGACGUUGCGCUGAACAAGGUCCUCCCCGCCGCGCAGGCCCUCUGCAAGAACGCCGGCAGCGGCUCGUCCGCCCCGGCUUCGUCUGCCGCCGCCACCACCUCGGCUCCGGCCUCGUCCGCCCCGGCCUCGUCCGCCGCGACCUCUUCUGCCCCUGCCUCGUCUGCUCCCACCGAGACCGGCAGCGCUUCGGCCACCGGCUCUGCUCCUGCCACCACCCUGGUGCCCACCAGCCCCAGCACGACCAACGGCACCAGCCCCAGCACCUCCACGCCUGUCACCGCCGGUGCCGCUGGCUUCGCCCCCGUUGGCGGUCUCGCCAUGCUGGCUCUCGGUGCCCUUGCUCUGUAA